UUUGUUUGCCAUUUUUUUCCUUCUUCUUUUCUUUCUGUGAGAGAGAAGAGAAGAAAGAACACCAAAUUUUACUGUCUCUCCCCCUCUCUUUCGGAUCAAAGCAGAACCAGAAAUAACAAUAACAACAACAGUAUUCUGUUUCAUUUAGAUAAUGGGGACGUUUCAGAGUUUCAGGAAGGCAUACGGGGCUCUCAAGGACUCAACCAAGGUCGGCCUCGCAAAGGUCAACAGCGACUUCAAGGAAUUGGAUAUUGCGAUUGUGAAAGCCACCAAUCAUGUUGAAUGUCCUCCCAAGGAACGGCAUGUCCGAAAAAUCUUUUCAGCUACAUCAGUUGUACGUCCGCGAGCAGAUGUUGCAUACUGCAUUCACGCACUCGCCAAGAGAUUAUCCAAGACCAAAGAUUGGAUUGUUGCCAUAAAGAUAUUGAUAGUCAUUCAUAGGACAUUAAGAGAGGGCGACCCUACCUUUCGGGAGGAGCUCGUAAACUAUUCACGUAGAGGACAUAUUCUCCAAAUAUCCAAUUUUAAAGAUGACUCCAGCCCUAUGGCCUGGGAUUGUUCUGCAUGGGUUCGGACAUAUGCGCUCUUUCUAGAGGAACGACUUGAGUGCUUUAGGAUCUUAAGAUAUGACAUUGAGGCAGAGCGUUUAACAAAAUCAUCACCCACGGCCUCUAAGGCACAUAGUAGAACGAGGCUUUUGAAUGGCGAUGAAUUAUUGGAGCAACUACCUGCGUUGCAGCAGCUUCUUUAUCGUCUUAUUGGUUGUCAGCCUGAAGGAGCAGCAUAUUGCAAUUAUCUGAUUCAGUAUGCCUUGGCCCUGGUCUUGAAAGAGAGCUUUAAAAUAUAUUGUGCAAUCAAUGAUGGGAUCAUCAAUCUUGUGGACAUGUUUUUUGAUAUGCCAAGGCAUGAUGCAGUCAAAGCUCUUAGUAUAUACAAAAGAGCAGGCUUACAGGCAGAAAGUCUUGCUGAUUUUUAUGAAUAUUGCAAAGGUUUGGACCUUGCGAGGAGCUUUCAGUUUCCAACACUCAGACAGCCACCUCCAUCUUUCCUUGCGACAAUGGAAGAAUAUAUCAAAGAAGCACCUCAGGCAGGUUCCGUUCAGAAAAGACUGGAGUAUAGAGAGAUGGAGGAAGAGCCACCUAAACCUGAAGAGCCUCCAGAACCUGUAGAAGAAGUUAAAAAAGUUAAUGACGAUAAUCCGAUUUCAGAGCCCGAGGAAGAAGAAACACUGCAUAAGGAAGAGGUGGAAGAAUCUCCACUGAUAUCAACUGAUGACACUGGAGAUCUGCUGGGUCUGAUGACUGAAGUGAAUCCAAAAGCGGCAGAACUAGAGGAAAGCAAUGCAUUGGCUCUUGCAAUUAUUACACCUGGAAAUGAUCCUCUGGCUUCAUCAACUCGUGCUUUGAGUGAACUUGGCGCGCCGAAUGCUACGGGAUGGGAGCUAGCACUUGUAACCACACCAAGCAACAAUACUGGCCAUGUGGUAGAGAGCAAAUUGGCUGGUGGGUUCGACAAAUUAUUACUCGACAGUUUGUACGAAGACGACACUGCAAGGAAACAAAUACAAAUGCAGAAUGCAGGGUAUGGAUACGGUGGUGGGAUGGCUGUACACAAUCCGUUCGAGCAACUAGACCCAUUCGCAAUGUCCAACAGCAUAGCACCCCCACCAAAUGUGCAGAUGGCCUUGAUGGCUCAGCAGCAACAACAAUACCAACAGCAGCAACAACAAUAUUACCAACAGCAGCAAAACAUGUCGAUGAUGGUACCUUGUCAGUACCAACCUCAAUAUUCUCAACAACAUAUGCAGCAGCAGCAGCAGCAGAUGAGUUCUAAUCCGUUUGGGGAUCCAUUCCCAGCUCUUCCACAAAAUUCAAUGCCACAACAAGGAAACCAUAUGCUUCUGUAGAGUCCUUCAUUCUUUAUUUGUUUCAUUAUAUUCUUUAAUUCUUUUCAGUAGGGGAGCCUCAUCAGGUUAUUCUUUGUUCUCUCAGUAAAUUAUAAAAAUGUGAGUCAUGUAUUGAUAGAACCGUUGAUAACUAUUGAUUAUCUAACUUUUUGGU